CACGUGCGCGGGUCGUCGUGCGCACAUGGCUGCGGUAGCGAAGAACAUGAUCACCACGACCCGCGCAUGCCGGGCCGAAUCCAUCAAUCUUCCACCAGAAUCCCAUCCCAAAUUCCCAUCGAUCAAAGCAAGAAAACACCUUGCAACCGAUCAUGCGGCUCUCCAUUCUUUGACCGCCGGCGAUUGGUGCCCACACCUGCCGCUUCGGGCGAAACCGACACCGGAACACGAGGGGCGAGGUUGGAGGAAGUGUCGCGUGCUUCUACUCGUUGGUGACGCCGCGCUAUCGCCAGAUGCCGUAUGGCGUCUCAUGAGUCACCAGCCUCCAUCUUCCGCUCCGCUGCCUCGAGGAUUUCUCAACGCCGUCACAGCCUUCGGUCCUCCUUCCAGGCCGUUCAAUGAAGCGCCAUGAGCUUGCCGCCGCCGCCAAAGGCCGUGAACGACCAUGGUAAGAACGAUGAGCUCGCGAGCGAGCUUCAGGAUGCCUUUUCCGUUAAGUCGGAUGAGAAGCCUGAUGACUCGCUGAACGCCGCGUUCAGCGGGGCAAUUCGCGCACCUUCGCCGGACCCCUCGGUCCACUCCAUCGACAACUCGCACAACGCACGAGUUGGCCGCAACCCCAAUUACCUGCCGGUACCAGAUGGUCGUAGACAUGCAUCUCGUUCGCCAGGCCCGCCGCGCACCUGGAAGGGCAAGGCGAAGCUGUUCUGGGUGACGAAUAAAGGGCUCGCACUUGUCUUGCUUUCUCAGCUUUUCGGGACGCUGAUGAACGUCACUACGCGUAUGCUGGAAAUCGAAGGAAACAAUGGACAAGGCUACCAUCCUUUCCAGAUCCUCUUUGCGCGAAUGGGAAUUACAGUCAUUUGCUCAUCGAUCUAUAUGUGGCGUGCAAAGACAGAGCACUUCCCGUUCGGCAUGAAGGAAGUCCGCCCGUUGCUGAUAGCUCGUGGUUUGACAGGCUUCUUUGGAGUCUUUGGGAUGUAUUAUUCCUUGUUGUACCUCCCGCUGGCCGAUGCCACAGUCAUAACCUUCCUCGCCCCUAGCCUCGCUUGCUGGGCCUGUUCGUACCUGAUCAACGAGCCCUUCACGCGAAUGGAGCAAAUAGCCGCAUACAUCUCCCUCUUCGGAGUAUUCCUCAUCGCUCGACCCGUCUCCCUAUUCUCCUUCCUCUCGCACAGCAAAGAUUCGGUACCUCCGGCUAGCGGGAAUCCAGACUUUGUCCCCAGUCCUACGAAUAUGACCGCUGAAGCCCCACACCAUUUUGCCGCCGAUUACGACGAUGUCACACCAGCUCAGCGUGCAGCCGCUGUAGGGGUGGCCUUGUUAGGCGUGUUUGGAGCAGCCGGCGCGUAUACGACUAUCCGAUGGAUAGGGAAGCGGGCGCACCCCCUCAUUUCAGUCAACUAUUUCGCUACAUGGUGCACGAUAGUGAGCAUUGUGAUGAUGUUUGCGCUGCCGGGCGUGGGUUUCCUGCUGCCGAAGAGCAUCAAAGAUUGGUGCUAUCUUCUCUUCUUAGGUGUUUGUGGAUUCGUCAUGCAAUUCCUUCUCGCCGCUGGAUUGCAGUAUGAGAAGUCGUCCCGAGCGACCAAUAUGGUAUACACGCAAAUGCUUUUUGCUUUGACUUUCGACAAGCUAGUGUUCGGGACGACCCCGACGGCGCUAUCUAUUAUCGGUUCCUCACUGAUCUUGGGCUCUGCUAUCUACGUGGCGGUGCACAAGGAAGUUGGGAAAAGGGAGGGAGAUCGUCGAGGUAGAUCGUCGCGAGAGGAAGAGAGGGGCCUGAUGUCGCCGAAUUUACUCGGGGAGAUCGAUGAUGACGACGAUGCAGCGAUUCAAAUGAGGACACUGCGAUGAGAGGUCGAGGAUGAAGCCCUCCUUGAGGUUUGCAGUAAGAAUAGAAUUGGACGUAUUCAUGGAAAUA